AUGAGCCUGGGCACCAAGAAUGAACAAUGGACUCGUUGGCUCGACUCCUAUCUGCCCAAUAACAUCACCACUCUCCCGCUCGAGGCCAUCCCCUUCGCCCCUCACCCUUUCUGCAACGAUGUCCCGCUCAUGAUCCACGUCUGGGACUUCCCCGGCCCUGGUGACUGCAAGCCCGACGAGGAGACGGCUGCACGCGACAUAGACGACUGGCGUAUGGUUCCUCGCCCCUUCUGGCCUGACCACUCCAAGCUCUCUGAUUUUUCCAAUUUUGGAGCCGCUCUCCUGCUUGCGAGGAUGAAGAGGGGCUUCGAUCAGGGCGAAGGGGAGGGCGAAUGGCACGAGAGGCUGGAGAAGGCUGUGGGACUUGGGAUGAAGGAGGCACUGAGGGAGUACUUUCCCAACAUUCCUGGCUACCUUGUUCACUGGCCGAACCAGGGCAUUCUCAUCGACUGGAUCAUAGGCGUGGCGCGCAACAACCACCUGGGUGCACUCAUCCUCACCCGUCUGGCUCAGCGCGACUUCCUCCAUCCCAGCGUCAAAGCCUACCUUCUGUCCACGGACCUCAAGCCCCUUCUGCCUCCCGCUGAGCCCAUCAUCACAGCCACAGCAGAAUAUGAGCGCACGAAGGGUCGCAGAGCCAAGCAGCGCAUCCUCGCUGUCCUUCAAAAACGACUGCAAGACCUGAAAGCGGCUCUGCGCGGGCAAGGAGAUCUGGCUUUACCCCUGCUCACGGCAAGCUGGACCAAGCCGGAUCUCAUGGAGGUGUUCAUGUCCAUGAUGAGUGCUUUGAACAAGGUUGUAGGUAGCCAAGCGACACGACUCGACGCGUCAUCUCUCAAGAUUGUCCUGGGUGCCGUCUCUUCUCUCACACUCCUCGACCCAAAUGUUCAUGGCGAAGAUGCGGGCAACGGCGAACUAGCUGCCUCCUUCGCGGAAGCAUUGCGCCUGUCCCAGCAACCAUGGCCACCAUCGGAGAACCUCGGCUGCCUCCGACAAGGGGACUUGACAGACCUCGCCCGCGAAGUUGACGAUCUCGUGGCGCGGCUACGUUCCCGUAAGCUCCGCGCCCUCCUCUUUCCGAUCUGGAUGAGGCCUGAAGAGCUAAGGAACCAUACUGACUUCAAGCGUGAGAUGUUUGUAGAGUACUACCAGAGGGCCGAUAUGAUCUAUUAUGAUCUGGCCCUCAAAGAAUGGUCGGAUGAUCUGCCAGAGACAAUGCGGUCACGCGAACAGCCUCCUGCCAUCUUCAAGGAUCGAGUCACGGCGCUGAUCAGCUUCAUAUGGCACUCGCGCGCUAGCUUUCAAGACAUGAAGGAGCACUUGGAACGCAUUGCAGCAUACGAGUCUCCAAAGAAUGAGCCGCUUCCUUGUCUCGACAUCUCUCGAGCGACCAUCGACAGCCUGGUAGCAGAUCUCGGCGCGCGUGCAAGACAUUAUCCUCCUCAGCUCAAUGCUGCUCAGAGAGAGCGCUACACCGAGGCCAAGCGCAAGUACGACAUCUACAUCACCAUCCGGGCUAGAAGCUUGGAGAACUACAACACCGGCAUCGAUCGCACACCCGCCCCUCUUCGCCAGAGGUAUUACGAAUACAUCGAUCCUUGGGGACCGCCAUGGCUCAGAAUCAACAACGAGUGGUUGGCGGCGCAAGGGGCCGAACCAAUCGUUGCAAUACGUCAAGCGAUGCUUCAGCUUGCUGAAGAACUGAUUCAGCUGAGGCAUGAGCUGGAACGAGUCUUGACCGGGGAAGCGCUUGAUCGUGAGUGGCGAGCAGCGGCUCAGGGUGGUACCGCAUGCGCGAGGCGCUGA